AUGACCACAAACGUCGCCCUUGAGACCUCAAUGGGCACCAUAGUCCUCGAGCUCUACACCGCCCACGCCCCCAAGACCUGCACCAACUUCUCCACCCUCGCCUCGCGCGGCUACUACAACGACACGGUCGUCCACCGCAUCAUCCCCAACUUCAUGGUCCAGGCCGGCGAUCCUACGGGCACCGGCCGCGGCGGCACCUCCAUCUAUGGCGAAAAGUUCGCCGACGAGAUUCACCCCGCUCUCAAGCACACCGGCGCCGGUGUCCUGUCCAUGGCCAACGCCGGCCCCGACACCAACGGCUCCCAGUUCUUCAUAACCCUCGCCCCGACCCCCUGGCUCGACGGCAAGCACACAAUCUUUGGUCGCGUCAAGAACGGCCUGAGCGUCGUCAAGAGGAUGGGGCUCGUCAAGACCGGGCCCGAAGACAGGCCCCUGGAGACAGUCAAGAUUAUCCGGGCUUCCGUUGUUGACGACGGCGGUGCGGACGAGGCGUAG